UUCUGCCAGGCCGGUAGGGACCUGCGUUUGUCCUCCCUGGCAUCAGAGCCUCUGGACGUGGCCCCAGGGUUCCUGCUGGUAGGGGCCAAGUCCCCCAGUGCACCAGACACACUGCUGGUGUGUGCCGUCGACCGCAGGUUCCUGCCCGACGAACGAGGACUCAACGCACUGCUGGGUGAGACACCCACAGAUACACACACUCGCAUGCACGCACACAUACACACACACCCACACACACACAUACACACACACACAUAGAAAGCACAGACUAUAGCAGGGCUAGGCAACCCUUGGUCCAGAUGAAGGGAAAAGGAAGAAAGAGAGUAAAGGUGAGAGGAUAGAGAGGGACAAAGAGAUUGAGAUUGAAGAGAUUGCGAAAGAGUUGGGUGGAGUGAGGUUUACAGUGAGAUGGAUGGAGAGAGGGAGAGUGGGGUUGGCAGGAGCUACAUUGAGAAAGGGGAAGAGUGGGGGCUGGCGAAGGAAAGGGAGUGAGUGAGGCAUUGACGAAGCUGAAAUAGAGAGAAGGGUCGAGAGAGAGAGAGAGAGAGAGAGAAUGACAUAGAGAUAGCGAGAGAAGAGAGAGAUAGAGAGAUAUAUAGAGAGAGAAAGGAGAGACAAUGACAAGAGAUCUAGAGAUAUUAUAUAGAUUUAGAGAGAGAAUAACAGAGAUCGAGAUAAGAUAGAGUAUACUAGAUAAUAUAUGGAGAGAUAUAGAUAUAGAUUAUAUAGAUCAUACUAUUACAGAUAUAGAUCUACGUAGAGUAUCGAGCUUAUAUAUAUAGAUAAUACGACAUCUCCUCUAUAGAAGCGAGAGAGAGAGAGAGAGAGGCUAUAAAGAACAGUCAGGGUACCCUGACUGAAGUCACAUACACACAUUAUUAGUCCCUCAACCUGGGCUCUGCUAGACACACACACGCACAACACACACCAUCUCACAACCCAGCUGACCUGUAACCAUGGAAACAUUAUCGCUCACACACUCUUUCUCUCGCUACGGGAGAAAAGGUUUAUUACUCCCAAACACACACACACACUCACACACACACACACACACACACACACACACACUGACCCAGUGUUUGUGUUGUCAUCCUCAGGGUUCUCUGGGAACUGUAUGGGCUGUGAAGAGAAGGGCUUCCGCUACUUCACUGAGUUCUCCAACCACAUCAACCUGAAGCUGAGCACCCAGCCCAAGAAACAGAAGCACUUAAAGUACCACCUGUACAGGAAUAGCCAUGGACAGCUGGUCAGGGGGGCUGCUAUCUCCUGGAAGGGCCUCGGUAAGACAAGCAGGGGGAGUAGAGGGGAUGGGGGGGGAUAUUUUCAUGUGUGAUCUUUCCAUGACAAUGUAAGUGUUGUAACGUUCCAUGUCAAUAAAGUAUAUUGAACUGAAUUGAGAAAGAGAGCGAGGUAGAGGGGGGAGGGAGAGAGAGAGAGAAAGAGAGAAAGAGAGAGGGGUCAGGUCAGUGGGUCAGUCUCUCCUUCAAUGUAUCUCUGCUGUCGUUCUGUGGACAGGGGUCUAAGUUGGAGUUUGUAGGAGAGUUGGGGUCUGUGACCUGACCUGUCUUUCCAGGUGUGGAGGACAGAGGUCUGGGGUGAGAGGUCAGGACUGGGGUCAGGGUGAAGAGGGGUCGGAGCCUGUGGCUAGACUGUUACUGUAUUCCUGAUAAUACCUGUGGUAUACAGGAUAUGAGGCAGAGAGACAGUAAAUCAAGUCUAAUCCACACAGAUUAGGAAGAGGGUUUGGGGUGAGUUUCAGACCUACAGUAACUAGAGUAGAGUUUACAUUAACAUGUAAGUAGAGCUCACAUUAACGUAUUCAGUUGGCAUUAACAUGCAAGUAGAGCUCACAUUAACAUAUUAAGUUGGCAUUAACAUGUAAGUAGAGCUCACAUUAACAUAUUAAGUUGGCAUUAACAUGUAAGUAGAGCUCACAUUAACAUAUUCAGUUGGCAUUAACAUGCAAGUAGAGCUCACAUUAACAUAUGAAGUUGGCAUUAACAUGUAAGUAGAGCUCACAUUAACAUACAGUGGGGAAAAAAAGUAUUUAGUCAGCCACCAAUUGUGCAAGUUCUCCCACUUAAAAAGAUGAGAGAGGCCUGUAAUUUUCAUCAUAGGUACACGUCAACUAUGACAGACAAAAUGAGAAGAAAAAAAUCCAGAAAAUCACAUUGUAGGAUUUUUAAUGAAUUUAUUUGCAAAUUAUGGUGGAAAAUAAGUAUUUGGUCACCUGCAAACAAGCAAGAUUUCUGGCUCUCACAGACCUGUAACGUCUUCUUUAAGAGGCUCCUCUGUCCUCCACUCGAUACCUGUAUUAAUGGCACCUGUUUGAACUUGUUAUCAGUAUAAAAGACACCUGUCCACAACCUCAAACAGUCACACUCCAAACUCCACUAUGGCCAAGACCAAAGAGCUGUCAAAGGACACCAGAAACAAAAUUGUAGACCUGCACCAGGCUGGGAAGACUGAAUCUGCAAUAGGUAAGCAGCUUGGUUUGAAGAAAUCAACUGUGGGAGCAAUUAUUAGGAAAUGGAAGACAUACAAGACCACUGUUAAUCUCCCUCGAUUUGGGGCUCCACGCAAGAUCUUACCCCGUGGGGUCAAAAUGAUCACAAGAACGGUGAGCAAAAAUCCCAGAACCACACGGGGGGACCUAGUGAAUGACCUGCAGAGAGCUGGGACCAAAGUAACAAAGCCUACCAUCAGUAACACACUACGCCGCCAGGGACUCAAAUCCUGCAGUGCCAGACGUGUCCCCCUGCUUAAGCCAGUACAUGUCCAGGCCCGUCUGAAGUUUGCUAGAGUGCAUUUGGAUGAUCCAGAAGAUGAUUGGGAGAAUGUCAUAUGGUCAAAUGAAACCAAAAUAUAACUUUUUGGUAAAAACUCAACUUGUCGUGUUUGGAGGACAAAGAAUGCUGAGUUGCAUCCAAAGAACACCAUACCUACUGUGAAGCAUGGGGGUGGAAACAUCAUGCAUUGGGGCUGUUUUUCUGCAGAGGGACCAGGACGACUGAUCCGUGUAAAGGAAAGAAUGAAUGGGGCCAUGUAUCGUGAGAUUUUGAGUGAAAACCUCCUUCCAUCAGCAAGGGCAUUGAAGAUGAAACGUGGCUGGGUCUUUCAGCAUGACAAUGAUCCCAAACACACCGCCCGGGCAACGAAGGAGUGGCUUCGUAAGAAGCAUUUCAAGGUCCUGGAGUGGCCUAGCCAGUCUCCAGAUCUCAACCCCAUAGAAAAUCUUUGGAGGGAGUUGAAAGUCCGUGUUGCCCAGCGACAGCCCCAAAACAUCACUGCUCUAGAGGAGAUCUGCAUGGAGGAAUGGGCCAAAAUACCAGCAACAGUGUGUGAAAACCUUGUGAAGACUUACAGAAAACGUUUGACCUGUGUCAUUGCCAACAAAGGGUAUAUAACAAAGUAUUGAGAAGCUUUUGUUAUUGACCAAAUACUUAUUUUCCACCAUAAUUUGCAAAUAAAUUCAUUAAAAAUGUGAUUUUCUGGAGAAAAAAAAUCUCAUUUUGUCUGUCAUAGUUGACGUGUACCUAUGAAGAAAAUUACAGGCCUCUCUCAUCUUUUUAAGUGGGAGAACUUGCACAAUUGAUGGCUGACUAAAAACUUUUUUCCCCCACUGUAUUCAGUUGGCAUUAACAUAGUCACUGGAGUGACUCUAGUGCUCUUACGGAAAAUAGCCAUACGUUCUCUCAAAUUAGUACACAAACGCUGUGUAAGUACAGGAGCAUUGACUGUGUUUUGAUGGUUUUGACUGUGUGUAUUUCUGUAUGCCUGGCUGACUGUGUGUGUGUAGCCAAAUGCUAAUCUGUACGCGUGUGUGUUUGUGUUGCUGUGUGUUGUUGUGUGUCUGACUGUGUGCGUCUUCUUUUCAGAGAGCAGAGGGAGACAGACAGCGCCCAACGCCUCUGAUGGUCAUGUUAUCUCAGACGAGCACCUCCUCAAUCCAGCGGUCACCGCUCACCCUGCACACACACCCGGCAGCUACACUGGUACACCACACACACACACACACACACACACACACACACACACACACACACACACACACACACACACACACACACACACACACACACACACACACACACACACUCACUCACAGACAUAACCCCACACACACAUACAUAACACACACACACAGACACACAGACACACCCACACACACUAUGAAACUGUCUGCUAGAUGACCAUGUUUGUUGUUUUUUUCCGUCCCUCAAGCCGGCGCCCCUGUAGAUCCGAUCGGCCACCCUCACCUGGCUGACCUCCCCCCUCCCCUGACCAAUGGGAGCCACACUCCCCUAUCCCAGAAUCCUUUGCCCCAGACGGCCGUACUAUCCAAUGGACCAGGGAGACCCACAGUUAUAGGUAACUUGUGUGUGUGUGUGUGUUUGUGUGUGUGUGUGUGUGCACGCUUGUGUGUGUGUGUGUGUGUGUGUGCACGCUUGUGUGUGUGUGUGUUUAUGUAGUAUGAAGGGGUAUGACAUAGAAUGACAUAUGCAUUAUAGCAUCUUUAUGGGGUAGGAGGCAUGGCUUUAAAUAUGUGAUGUCAUUGUACCCCCCCCCUCAUCUUCACACCUCCCCCUGAAAGAGAGAGCUCCUGUGUUUUAACAGUCUAAAGUGCCCAGUAGGAGCCGGCUGUAUUGUGUGUGGGCCCCCAUUGUUAAGACCCCCUUUCAUUCAGCAACACUCUCCCUCUCUCCGUUCUCUUCCUCCCUCUAUCUCCCUCAGACUGUUAUCUCAAUAAAAGCAGCACAGUAAAAAGUCUCUCUCUUUCUCUUUCCCUCUCUCCCUCUCUUUCUGGCUGUCUCAUUCUCAGUGGGUUUAGUUGUAAAGUUGAAGGCUUCCUUCCUGCCAGUCUGGGUUUUGAUAGGGGCGUUUCAACACGUGGACCCUUUGGUCUUUGUCUCUGUUGCUGCAUAAGAAGAGAGCAGGCAGAGAGGAGAGGAAAGACAGCACGUGUAGAGGGGAAGAGGAGGAGCUGGUUUAUAUGACAAAGACCGUGCUAUCUUUAUGGUCAAUAGUGAGCUACGGUUAUACUGCCUGCUGGCUGGUUGGCUAACUGGCUGGCUGGUUAGUUAGCUGGCUGGUUGACUAACUGGCUGGCUGGUUAGUUAGCUGGCUGGUUGGCUAACUGGCUGGCUGGUUAGUUAGCUGUCUGGUUGUCUAACUGGCUGGCUGGUUAGUUAGCUGGCUGGUUAGUUAGCUGGCUGGUUGGCUAACUGGCUGGCUGGUUAGUUAGCUGGCUGGUUGGUUGGUUAGUUAGCUGGCUGGUUGACUAACUGGCUGGCUGGUUAGUUAGCUGGUUGGUUGACUAACUGGCUGGCUGGUUAGUUAGCUGGCUGGUUGACUGGCUUGCUGACUGGCUUGCUGUCUGGUUGGUUAGCUGGCUGUCUGGCUGACUGGCUGGCAGGCUGGUUGGCUUGCUUGCUGGCUGGCUGGCUGGCUUGAUGGCUGGUCGGUUAGCUGGCUGGCUGGCUGGCUGGCUGGCUGGCUGGCUUGCUGGCUGGCUGGCUUGCUGGCUGGUUGGUUAGCUGGCUGUCUGGCUGGCUGGCUGGCAGGCUGGUUGGCUGGCUUGCUGGCUGGCUUGCUGGCUGGUUAGUUAGCUGGCUGGUUGCCUGGCUUGCUGGCUGGCUUGCUGGCUGGUUGGUUAGCUGGCUGGCAGGUUGGUUGGCUGGCUGGCUGGCUUGCUGGCUGAUCUGUUGGAUAAACAGAAGAAUGAAUUAACGAACAAACAAACAGGUGAACUAGAAUGCACUGUAUUUAGGGUGCCUUAUGAAAUAAUGAAUGAAUGUUAAUUGUCCAUCAAGAAGACAUUAUUCUGUAUAUUCUGUAUUUUUUUUUUAUGUGCAUACAAAUCCAGAAGCAUCCCCAACCCCAGAGACAUACAAUACAUAACAGUGUGUUACUUGUCCUGUCAGGUACAUUCAAUGCGGGACCACCUAAAAAGAGACACAAAGGCUGGUCUCCUGAGUCUUCAGCUGUGAAGACCCCCCCAUCUUCCUCCUCCUCCUCCUCUUCCUCAUCACUCACCAAUGGUACCAAACCAGGUAGGAGAGAGAGAGAGAGAGAGCGAGAGAGUGCAUGUGUGUGUCCCGUGUGUGCGUGCACACAUGCGUGCAUGCAAUUUCAGAUGUCAGAAGCUAACUAGCAUACAAGGCUGCUCUUUUCUUUGUGGGUAUAGUUAGUUACCACUGUUUUAUCUCUGCUACCUGCUGAGUGUGUGUGUGUUCCUGUGCCCACAGACCAUGCCCCCCCAGAGAGUGUGUCCCAGGGGUCCUCCCACCCCCCCUCCCCCCCCGGGCCGUCUGUCACAGUGCCUGAGCAGCUGUUGAACACCUGCAGACUCCAGCCCGUCAUCUUCAGAGGUCAGAAGUGUGUGUGUGCACGUGUGCGUGCGUGCGUAUUUGUGUGUGUAUGUGUGUUCCUAUUCCACAGUGACAUUAAACGCAAGAGUGCAACCAAAACCCAGCAGACACAGAGGCCCUUGAGGACCGGAGUCUGAGCCACUGUCCUAAAGCUUCUUAGCUCAGCAGUGGAAAGGUCAUAAUGUCCUCUGCUCUAUCUCACCCCUUCACCCCAACUUGUUACUCCACCUCUCUCUCACUCAACCACCGCUUCACCUGGAUCAAUUAUCAUUUUCCCACCUCUCAUCCUUUCACCUCUAUUCUGUUUCCCACCCAUCCCCCUCAUCCCUCCAUCCCCUGGGGGUAUCCAUUAGCUCACUCUCCAUUUUCCCACAACCUGAUCCUGUGCAGUAGCAUCUGGUGUGUGUGUGUGUACGUGUGUUUAUGUGUGUGUGUGUGUGCGUGCCUGUCUGUGUGUGUGACCUGUCUGUCUGUGUGUGUGUGUGUGUGUGUGUGUGUGUGUGUGUGUGUGUGUGUGUGUGUGUGUCUCUGGUCCCCAGGUCACGGCAGCCUACCCCAGCUGAGUGGUAAGGUGUGUGAUGUGCAAGUCAGCUCCCUGCUCCAGAGCUGCUAUCAGAACAGCCAGGCCCUGCCCAGGAUCUACCAACACUAUGGACCCUCUCCUAUACAGCCCCUGUCUGCAGAGAUGCAGAUACUACUCACUGUAUACUACCUGGUGCAACUAGGUGAGAGAGAUGGUUGAUUUCAUUUUUAAUUUUAGUCAUGCUCACAGUUACAUUUGACAUUGUAGUCAUUUAGCAGACGCUCUUAUCCAGAGUGAUUUACAGGAGCAUUUAGGGUUAAGUGCCUUGCUCAAGGGCACAUCGACAGAUUUUUCAGUCGGCUCAGGGAUUCGAACCAACGACAUUUAGGUUACUGGCCCAAGCCUCUUAACUGCUAGGUUACCUGCCGCCCCAGUUAAAAAGGCUGAAUUGUGCAGAACGUACUAUUACAUUGAGGCAAUCGUUAAAAACCUAGUUGGUAAUAACUGGUUAUUGUCAUUUCCCUCCAGGCCCAGACCAGGUCCCGCUGAUCCAGGACCUGGAGCAGAUCUUCAUGCGCUCCUGGAGAGAGUCCCACCUCAGUGAGAUCCGCCAGUACCAGCAGCCCCAGCCUGGCCUCUCCCUCCCUCAGGCUCCCUCCACUCUGCCUGGGCUGCCACAGGCCCAGGCCCUCACCCCCUCCCAGCUGCCCUGGCUGGCCCAGCUGGCAGCCUCGUCAUGUGGGGAGGGAGUAGUGGUGCUGGGGGAGAAGACCUCAAUGGCUCUGGGGCUGGCUGACACCUUCACUAGGCUGAUGGAGGGACGGCUGGCUCAUACCAACUAUGUGGUCAUCAUCUGUACAGCCAAGGGACAGGAGACUGAGUCCUGUGUGGUGGUGACAGGUGUGUGGUGGGGAGGGGGGUGUAAUAUUGUGUGUGGGUGCCUGCUUGUGUCUUUUACAUUUGCUAUGUGUGUUUACACUUUGACUUAUGGUGUGAGUGGAGUUGCAGACUUUUGUGUGCAUGCAUGCGUGUGUGUAAUAACUGGUGUAUACUAUUUGUGUGUGCGUGUGUGUGUAGGUAAACACCAGUGUCGUACCCUGGCUGAGGGGAUGUUCAGUCCCAGUGAUAGUCUGAGAGAGAUCAGUCAACAGUUGUCCUCUGGCAUGACCCAGGAACUCACCACCUUCUGCAACUCUCUGGGACCUGGUAAGACUACUACAGAUGUAGGAUCUUCAUUUGAGCCAGAUUGCUACAGCCGAAAAAUUAUCCUGCAGCAAUGUAGAUUAUAUAAUGAAUGGAUAUUUUGAUACGUUUUACAUAAGGGACAAUCAAGUCUGAAAUUAGCAUUUCCUGCUUCUCAUCAACAAAACAGUGAUCAAAUGAUGAUGUUACAUCUGUACACAACCCACCUGGAUGCUGAGAAAGUGUGUCUGUGUUUGUGCGUGUGUGUGUAUUUACCCAUCUUAACUUCAAUGGAUUUGUUUCAUAUACAUAUUUUCUAAGUGCUCUGAGAGAUGUACACUGUACAUUGUUUACUGUAUGCAUGUACUCACCAUAUUGUAUGUGUUUGUCAGAUGGUGAGGUAGAUGUGUUGCUGGAGAGUGCUGCUGUGGAGAGCAGUAGCCAGCUGUCCCCCCUGUCCAGCAGUCAGGAGUCCACAGGAGACAGCAGCCCUAAAGACAGACAGACGGACAGAGCUACAGGCAGCCCCAAAGAGCCAGCCACAGACAGACACACAGGCAGCCCCAAAGACAGAGCUGAGAGCCCCAAGGACUCCUGCUCAGGUGAGACAUGCACUCUGUGUGGAGAGAACAUCAUGAAAUGUGUGUAGUUUGACUAAGCUACAUACUGUACCUACAUACUGUAUGUGUGUAGAAUUUCAUGUGAAGUGGCAAGAGGUGUGUGUAAUAUGUUUUGUGUGUGUGUGUGUGUUGUGUAUAUGUGUUGCGUUUAUGACUUUGUGCAUGAUAUGUGUAGAGUCUGUCCAAAACCUGUGUCUGUAUGUGUGUGAGUGUGCAUUAUGUUUAUACAUUUGUGUGGUGUCUAAAACGUGUGUUUCCAUGUGUGCGUGUAUAUACAUUUGUGUCUAACGUGUAUGUCUAACGUGUGUGUGUGUUUCUGUGUGUGUGUAGAGUACUGUGUGGAGUGGCGGGAGGUGCGGCCCAUCCAGUUGGCGGUAGCCAGGAAGCUGCUGUCCCAUGUGUGUGCCAUAGCUGACUCCAGCACUCAGAACCUGGACCUGGGCUCCUUCAACAGGGUCCACUUCCUCAUCUGUGUUCCUCCAUCUGAGGUCACCUUCCAACAGACUGUACUGCAUCUCUGGAACUCAGGUGAGAUCCCUCCUCUCUUCCUCCUAUUCUUCCUUCUCUUUUCUUUCACUUCUAUUCCAGAUAUCAACAUCAACAUUCCUCUUUUCCCUCUCCUCUAUCUCUUUCUCUUUCUCCUCCACGUUCAUCUCACAGUUCAGCAGACUCUCCUCUUCAUCUUCCUCCUCCUUCCUCCUCCUUCCCGCCUUCACCUCAAUCCCUCUGAGGUGACUUCCAGGAAGUUGUCUUCAGGUCUUGUUCUCCUCUAGCUGAUGUCUGUGUUGUAUAGCAGGUUGAAAACACAGAGCCCCCUGCUGGUGUAUUAUAGAAUCAUUGAGAAAUGUGUUCACUCGCGUUACUCAACCCUUCACCUGAAACACAUUGGUGUCAUGUGUGUGUAUGUUUGUGUGGGUGUGGGUGUGUGUGUGUCCGCACGUGUGCGUUCGAGCUUGUGUGUGUUUAAUCAUUGUCUAUGCCUGUAGGUGUCCUCCAGCAGCUGGGGUUGGAGCAGGAGUGUCUGUCUCAGAGAGAGGCUGAGCGCUACGUGGUCAAGAUGGACCAGGAGGCCAGGGCGCGCAUUGAUGACCUCAUACAGGAAGCACACAGGAACUCCAACACACUCUACAUCCUGGUCCAUGACCACGCACACUGGGACAUCAGCAGGUGUGUGUGCGUGUGUGCGUUUGUGUGCUUUUUUGCUUGCGUGUGUCUGUGUGAGUGUGUCCCUGUGUUUCUAACGUGACCGUAACGUACAGUAUACAUCCCCCUGUCUCCCAGUGGACCGUACGGUGCCAACGGUGGUGACUCCGGCGGUGGGUUCGUGGACAGCCUGCUCAACUCCCUUCAGAUCAGAGAUGCCACCAACAUCCUGACUCUCCACGUCACCUCGUUCCCCUUUGCCCUGCAGACACAACACACACGCAUCAGCCCUUACAACGAGAUACACUGGCCCUCCACCUUCAAUAACGUAAGACAUUCACACACACAGACCCACACUGACACAGACACACACACAGUCACAAACACACACACACACACACACACACACACACACACUGUUGUCUCAAACUCUCUGUGUGUGUGUGUGUGUGUGUGUGUGUGUGUGUGUGUGUGUGUGUGUGUGUGUGUGUGUGUGUGUGUGUGUGUGUGUGUGUGUGUGUGUGUGUGUGUGUGUUUGUCUAGGACAUGGAUCUGUACCAUGAGAAGACGCGGUACUUUGGUGUGUCGGAGCUGCUGGACUCGACUCGUUCAGGCAGCGGCUUGCCUCUCCUCCGCUACGACAGCUCCUUCGAAAGCAUGGCCUCUGCUCUGGAGGAGAGGUAACACACACACACAUGAACAAAUAUAUACAUACACACUCUUACACACACACAUAUUCAUCAUGCAUACAUACGCACACACUAAGACGCAUACUCACAAAGGCACUCUCGCUCACUCACUCACUCUCAAACACACCCUUACACACACACACACACAGUCAUCAUACUGUGCAUACAUACAUACAUACACACUCACACAAACACACAUGCACACUCACACACAAUCACACAGGUACAAGAAAAACACACAAUUAACCGUAUAUGUAAAUAUACAGUAAAUAGAGACCGUAUGUGUUGUAGUACUCGAGUCCAGGACUCAGACUUGAGUCUGACUCGAGUCUCGAUUUUCAUGACUUGUGGCUCGACUUGGACGUGACCAUUGGUGAAUCAGACUUGGACUCGCCUUCUCGUGACUUUGCACUUGGACUGGAUUGCCUGUGAUAAGCAGAAUAUUAGCAGCACUAGAUGCGCAGCGCAGCUAGGGUCCUGUUCAUCAUUGGGAAGGACGCGCCACACCCGGCACACACAGCCUACAUCAGCUGGUGAGCUGCGGGGGAGCAAACGAUGAGUGUUGGCAGACAGGCAGGCUCCGCUCCGAUCAUACACGUUGCGCAGGCGACUCUGUUGCUUCCCUGUAGCUAACCAGUCACCAGCCUUCUAGUUAGCUACCCUUUGCCUGGGCAGCCCUUUGCUGCAGUCAAUGACCAAAGCGUCCUCUUUGGCCUCAUGGGUGGAAUGUUAUGAAUAUCUUUCAUAAUUUCAUAAUUCCUAAAGAUGUUUUUUUUUUUUUACAACGAAAAUCCGUUGUUUCUAUGUCAAACAGUUUUGUUAUAUUUCAGUCUUCUGUGAUGUACAGUUGAAGUCGGAAGUUUACAUAAGCUUCGGUUGGAGUCAUUAAAACUAGUUUUUCAACCACUCCACAAAUUUCUUGUUAACAAACUAUAGUCGGUUAGGACAUCUACUUUGUGCAUGACACAAGUAAUCUUUCCAACAAUUGUUUACAGACAGAUUAUUUCAAUUAUAAUUCACUGUAUCACAAUUCCAGUGGGUCAGAAGUUUACAUACACUAAAUUGACUGUGCCUUUAAAAUUAUAUUAUAUUAUGGCCUUAGAAGCUUCUGAUAGGCUAAUUGACAUUAUUUGAGUCAAUUGGAGGUGUACCUGUGGAUGUAUUUCAAGGCCUACCUUCAAACUCAGUGCCUCUUUGCUUGACAUCAUGGGAAAAUCAAAAGAAAUCAGCCAAGACCUCAGAAAAAAUAUUGUAGACCUCCACAAGUCUGGUUUAUCCUUGGGAGCAAUUUCCAAACGACUGAAGGUACCACGUUCAUCUGUACAAACAAUAGUACGCAAGUAUAAACACCAUGGGACCACGCAGCCGUCAUACCGCUCAGGAAGGAGACGCGUUCUGUCUCCUAGAGAUUAACGUACUUUGGUGCGAAAAGUGCAAAUCAAUCCCAGAACAACAGCAAAGGACCUUGUGAAGAUGCUGGAGGAAACAGGUACAAAAGUAUCUUUAUCCACAGUAAAACGAGUCCUAUAUCGACAUAACCUGAAAGGCCGCUCAGCAAGGAAGAAGCCACUGCUCCAAACCGCCAUAAAAAAGCCAGACUACGGUUUGCAACUGCACAUGGGGACAAAGGUCAUACUUUUUGGAAAAAUGUCCUCUGGUCUGAUGAAACAAAAAUAGAACUGUUUGGCCAUAAUGACCAUCGUUAUGUUUGGAGGAAAAGGGGGUUGCUUGCAAGCCGAAGAACACCAUCCCAACCGUGAAGCACGGGGGUGGCAGCAUCAUGCUGUGGGGGUGCUUUGCUGCAGGAGGGACUGGUGCACUUCACAAAAUAGAUGGCAUCAUGAGGAAGGAAAAUUAUGUGUAUAUAUUAAAGCAACACCUCAAGACAUCAGUCAGGAAGUUAAAGCUUGGUCGCAAAUGGGUCUUCCAAAUGGACAAUGACCCCAAGCAUACUUCCAAAGUUGUGGCAAAAGGGCUUAAGGAUAACAAAGUCAAGGUAUUGGAGUGGCCAUCACCAAGCCCUGACCUCAAUCCUAUAGAAAAUGUGUGGGCAGAACUGAAAAAGUGUGUGCGAGCAAGGAGGCCUACAAACCUGACUCAGUUACACCAGCGCUGUCAGGAGGAAUGGGCCAAAAUUCACCCAACUUAUUGUGGGAAGCUUGUGGAAGGCUACCCGAAACGUUUGACCCAAGUUAAACAUGUAUGUAAACUUCUGACCCACUGGGAAUGUGAUGAAAAAAAUAAAAGCUGAAAUAAAUCCUUCUCUCUACUAUUAUUCUGACAUUUCACAUUCUUAAAAUAAAGUGGUGAUCCUAACUGACCUAAGACAGGGAAUUUUUACUAGGAUUAAAUGUCAGGAAUUGUGGAAAACUGAGUUUAAAUGUAUUUGGCUAGGCUAAACUUCCGACUUCAACUGUAUAUAAAGUGUAAUAUUGGGAUGCAAACUAAACAUUUAAUACAUUUCAACUCUAUAUCUGACAUGGUGUCUUCAGUUUUUUAAAGCCCAUAACCAUUUGUGUGAGGUGUAUACUUUUGUUUCAAAUUAGAUUUGUUUAAGACUACUAAGAAUCACUCUAUGUGACCCUGAUUUAGCCCAACACAGUAAAAGGUUAAGAAACACAAGCUGCUUUAUGAAAUUAAAAACGAAAGCAUUGAGUUUAAUAGUAAAACAACAGUCUAGCUUUGUUUGUCUCUCUCCCCCUUGAGUAUAGAAAAGUAGGCUGUCUUUGAAUUUGUCUUCCCGCUCCCUCCCACUCUCCCCACUGCAUCCCAUAGCCAGGUUCUGCCAAGUCUCCCUCUUUUCUACAGAGAAAAUGGCUUGUUUCUUACCAUUCAAAAAGUUAUGACCCAUAUUACCGGCGCUACGUUUUUUUCUUUCUAUCGCGCAUUGGAGAGACACAUUUUACAUGCGUAAACCAUAUUGCAGGCUACACCUUGUUCAGUCAAUUUACCUAAUUAGCUAGCUUGCUAACAACCUGGUAACUUUACCAGUAGCCUUUAUGCAAACAUUUGGUGGCACAGAAAGAAAGGAAAAGGGAUAGCAAACAAUGUAUUGACUAAAUAAUUCCUCUUGACAUUACGCUAUAUCUGACUGGGUAAAUCACUUUAUUUUGAGUUAAUGUGGACCCUGCGACUCAGACUUGAACACUUGGACCAGGACUCGAGCACUGGGACUCGGACUUCAGCCCUAGGGACUCGUGACUCGGACACGAGCACAGGGGACUUGGGACUCGACUCAGACUUAACGAUUAGUGACUCGACUACAUCACUGAGAGAAACACAUUUGAUUUAAUUUGGGGUAUCGAAAUGACACAAGAAAAUUCUCGAUCCCCUGUCCCAGGUUCCCCAAGCUACACAGUGCAGUGAUCCGGACCCAGGUUUUGGUCCAGCACUACUGUGUGGCCCUGAUGGCUGUGUCAGGUCGGCCUGGCUCAGGGGGGCGGAGCAUACAUAAACACACCUCCGUCGAGACGCUGGAGAUAGUCCAGAGCCUGCUCAGCUCCGCCCAGCGAUGCCCCACCCACCACGGUCACAUGGUGCUGCUACGGAUCCCCUCAUUGGCUCUGGCAGGGUGGGCCCACCAGCGGCUGGCGUGGGUCAGACAGAGACUGGGGCUGGGGGAGCGCUUUGAGAUCAUCCUGGGAAACCCCAGCCAAGCCCUCAGCAUAGGACAGAGCUUCACUGAGCGCAUCAAGGUAGGGGAUAAACCACAGGACAACUGGGUCAAGAGUUCUGAUUUAUGAUCAGUUUUGCUUUUGCCUUUUAGAUCACAAUGAAUAAGAUUACAUGGACAGGGACCUGAUCCUAGAUCAGCACUCUAAUCUGAGACACUUAAUACAUACGGAUGCUGGUUAGCCACAUAACAGUUAGCUACCCAUAUGACAGUUAGUUGAAAGGAUUGUAAGACAAUCUCAAUAUAGGGCAGGUUACAUAUUUUAUAACAUUAUUUGUAAAAACUGGUAGGCUGAAAAGACUGUAUAUAUUAGGUUGGAUUGCUGGUGUUGGUAUGGGCUAGCGUGAUGGUGUGCCGUUAAGAACACAGGAGGAGUACAGAUGAAAGGGCUAACCCGGUGAAAUGGUUAAGGGAAUAUAGGUGGGAUGGUAACAGAUGUUUUUUUUUGUUCAAUAAAACCUUAAUGUAAACACCAAGGUUGAAGAUGUAUACAUUACAUAUCAAACAUUCUACUAACACUACACAUUCCCUAGUCAUUCUUCCAGUCCAUUAGGUAGCCACUGAUUGCCUUCAGGUGAGUUCGUUUAAAGGGCUCGUCACUAGUUACCACAGCCACAAAGUCAUAAUUAUGUAUAACCCCCACCUAUUUCUAAACUUUUAUCGUCUUGAAAUCUGAUCUUAACCCUCACCUUAAAGGGAAACUUCACAAUUGUUCAACUUCAUAUUCAUAAUCUCCAGCACCACCCCAACAUCAACAUAUGUGAAAAUGGCGCAUUUCUAUGUUUUGUAGUAAAAAAGAUAGAGGAAGAUAAGUGUUUCCAAUUACAUCAUCGGUGUGCAUCGUUUUGAUUUCGACCAAUUGUGAGUUGGCAUUGCCUACUAAUUGUCUACUAAUUGGUUGAUGAUGUCAUUGGAAACACUUAUCGUUCUCUAUCUUUUUAUCUGCUAAACAUAGAAACGUGCCAUUUUCACAUACAGUGCCUUCGGAAAGUAUUCAGACUAUUUACAUAAGUAUUCAGACCCUUUACUCAGUACUUUGUUGAAGCACCUUUGGCAGCGAUUACAGCAUUGAGUCUUCUUGGGUAUGACGCUACAAGCUUGGCACACUUGUAUUUGGGGAGUUUCUCCCAUUAUUUUCUGCAGAUCCUCUAAAGCUCUGUCAGGUUGGAUGGGAGCUUUGCUGCACAGCUAUUUUCAGACGUUCGAUCGGGUUCAAGUCCGGGCUCUGGCUGGGCCACUCAAGGACAUUCAGAGACUUGUCUCGAAGCCACUCCUGCGUUGUCUUGGCUGUGUGCUUAGGGUUGUUGUCCUGUUGGAAGGUAAACCUUCAACCCAGUCUGAGGUCCUGAGCGCUCUGGAGCAGGUUUUCAUCAAGGAUCUCUCUGUACUUUGCUCCGUUCAUCUUUUCCUCGAUCCUGACUAGUCUCCCAGUCCCUGCCGCUGAAAAACAUCCCCACAGCAUGAUGCUGCCCCCACUAUGCUUCACCGUAGGGAUGGUGCCAGGUUUCCUUCAGACGUGACACUUGGCACUCAGGCCAAAGAGUUCAAUGUUGGUUUCAUCAGACCAGAGAAUCUUGUUUCUCAUGGUCUGAGAGUCUUUAGGUGCCUUUUGGUAAACUCCAAGCGGGCUGUCAUGUGCCUUUUACUGAGGAGUGGCUUCCGUCUGGCCACUCUACCAUAAAGGCCUGAUUGGUGGAGAGCUGCAGAGAUGGUUGUCCUUCUGGAAGGUUCUCCCAUCUCCACAGAGGAACUCUAGAGCUCUGUCAGAGUGAUCAUCAGGUUCUUGGUCACCUCCCUGACCAAGGCCCUUUUCCCCUGAUUGCUCACUUUGGCCGGGCGGCCAGCUCUAGGAAGAGUCUUGGUGGUUCCAAACAUCUUCCAUUUAAGAAUGAUGGACGCCGCUGUGUUCUUGGGGACCUUUAAUGCUGCAGAAAUGUUUUGGUACCCUUCCCCCAGAUCUGUGCCUCGACAUAAUCCUGUCUCGGAGAUCUACGGACAAUUCCUUCGACCUCAUGGCUUGGUUUUGGCUCUGACAUGCACUGUCAACUGUGGGACCUUAUAUAGACAGGUGUGUGCCUUUCCAAAUCAUGUCCAAUCAAUUGAAUUUACCACAGACAGGUGGACUCCAAUCAAGUUGUAGAAACAUCUCAAGGAUGACCAAUGGAAACAGGAUGCACCUGAGCUCAAUUUCGAGUCUCAUAGCAAAACGUCUGAAUACUUAUGUAAAUAAGGUAUUUCUGUUUUUAAUUUUUUAUACAUUUGUAAAACUUUCAAAAAACCUGUUUAUUUCGCUUUGUCAUUAUGGGGUAUUGUGUGUAGAUUGCUGAAGAUUUUUAUUUAUUUAAUCCAUUUUAGAAUAAGGCUGUAACGUAAACACCAAGGUUGAAGAGCUAUACAUUACGUAUCAAACAUUCUACUAACACUACACAUUCCCUAGUCAUGCUUCCAGUCCAUUAGGUAGCCAUUUAAAGAGUGAGUUGGUGUGGCAGAAGUCUUGCACCUGCAACAGGAAGCUGGUGGGAAAGUCAGUCAAUGUGAAUGGGUGGAAUUUCCUAUAUUAUUAGAUCCGUUAUUGUUCUAGCACUUGGGUAAAGCCUGUCUGUGUGUUUUGUGUCCAGGCAUGGCUGAAGAUCAAGGAGACAGACUGGGUUCCCCGUACCUACCUGGAGCUAGAGGCUCUCCCCUGUAUCCUCAUCCUCUCUGGGGCAGACCCCCUGGGAGAGUCCCUACCCAGGUACACACACACACACACACACAUAGUGCCUGUAUAUUUAUCCUGAUUGGUUGAUUGAUUGAUGUAUUUUCUCUCUCCGACCAGAUCACUGAAGUACUGUGACCUGCGUGUGAUAAGCUCCUCCUACCUGCAGCGCACAUCACUGGAGGAGGAGCUGGGAUUGGCUGCCUACCUGGUGAGGGUGGAGUCCCAGGGGUCACAACCCCACAGCCACGCCCCUGGCCCCGGUAGCGACCUAUCAGAGAGCGACCCGGACAAACUCAGCAGCACCGACAACGAGGAGGAGGAGGGGGGAGAGAACGGUGAGCGAUGGAGCGCCAUCCACUGGCCAAAUUCAAUGAAAUGAAAUACAACACAAUUCUAGCUAUUCAAUAAUAUACUAUACUUUCAACAUGGGUGUUUAUAACCUUAAACAACCAAUUUGACCGUUUAUAACUCAUCUCUGUAUACAUCCCUUACCCUCUUCCUCCUCUCCUGUCUUCCCUCUAGCUCUGAAGUUGGAGGUCCCUGGUUUGGGUCAUUGCCCUCCCCCUCACCCUCCCUCAGCCCCCCAGCCCCCCCGACCCUUCUCCGACAGCAGUGGUGCGGACACCCUCCAUCUCCACACCACCCCCCCUGACCCCCAUCGCUCCCCCUGUCCAAACCCUAACCCACCUAACCCCUCCGACACCCAGCGCUGGCCCUCCAAGUCAACCUCCUCUGACUCCUCCUCCACCCUUCCCCCCUCCCCCCUUCAGAGCUGCUCCUGGGCGCGGGGGGUGAGUCGACCCCCCUCCGUGCUGCUGCCCCGGGCGCUCUAUGACAUCAUCACAGCGUGCGACGGGAGCGGACUGCCUCGCUGCACCUCCUUCCUGCCGCACCUGUCUGUGGCCUGGGCCAGCUCCUUCAGGUAAGAACAAACACACACACCUCACCUGUCUGUAGCCUGGGCCAGCUCCACACACACUGGUGUGUAAUAUGAUGCUGUAUAUCAACGUUUCCUCUGCUUUCUUUUCCUCUGGAUCAGACCUCUGCUGAGUAAGAUGAUGACGUGUACAGAACAGUCUCUGUAUUACCGCCAGUGGACCAUCCCAAGGCCUUGCCACAUGGACAGCAGCAACCGCCCUGCAGAGGGACGCACGGACAACUUCCACCCCCGCAGACUGCUGCUCAGUGGACCCCCACAGGUACACACACACAUGCAUGCACACACAAGUGACAGACACACACACACACACACACUAUUCUGACUACUGUAACCUGUUCAGGUGGGGAAGACAGGAGCAUACCUCCAGUUUCUGGGCAUCCUGUCUCGUAUGCUGAUCAGACUGAUGGAGGUGGACAUCUAUGACGAGGAAGAUAUCAACUCCAGUGAGUUACCAUGGCAAUACUCCCUGGCCUCAACUCCAUAACUGCUAUGACCCUCCACUCUGCACUAGUCUUAAUAAUAUGCAUCGCGUGUGUAAUGCACUACGAAUGAAUUACAGUACAGUAUAUAGCUUCCAUGAAGAGGUUAUUUUAAGGAGCUAUUUGCUAGUAUAGACAUCUUUGCGUUGUAUAUACAACAUUUGUAAUGCAUUAUGAAUGAAUUAUAUAGGCUUCCAUGCAUGUAUAAACGUUGAUUAAGGACCCAUGAGCUGUUAUGAAUGUAUUAUGAAUGUAAACACGUGUGUGUGUGUUAUAUAGGUGGCCAGCUGGAGUGUGUCCAGUACCACCCAGCCUGUGCCCCCUGGCCGAUCACAGACACACUGAGGGGCAUGCCCUUCGACUACACUAUCCACAACCCCAAAUAUGAAGACAUCAGCACUGUCUACUGCCCUGACUACUACCCCAACACAGACGGUAGGACAGGAGAGCGGGACAUCUCUCUAGGUUAUCAUUAUGAUUGUGAGACUUACUAGAUUAUGUCAUUGUCUUAGACUUCCUGAUCUCUUUUUCUACUAUUUCUAGCUUGGCUGAGCUCUGUACACUCUUAGAAAAAAAUGGUUAUUCUGCUGUCCCCAUAGGAGAACCCUUUUUGGUUCCAGGUAGAACCCUUUUGGGUUCUAGAUAGCACCUUUUAUUCUAAGAGAGUAGCUAUAUGUAUGUGGCUAUCAGAGAUGUUCUAUGGUUGUUCCAUGGUUCUAGACUGGCGUUUGCCAAGUUAACUAACCCCCAGCCCCUGUUCUGUCCCCCAGGAAACCCCAGACGUAAGGAGGAUGUGUAUCUGCGGAGGCGAACGGCCAGGAUCAAACUGUCCAAAUAUGCAACCUACAACACCUACCACCACUGUGAACAGUGUCACCAGUACAUGGGCUUCAACCCCAGAUACCAGGUGAGCAGAGAACACACACACUGUUUAUUCAUAGUUUUACCAAUCAGUGCUCAACUGUAUUUUAUUUAACUAGGCAAGUCAGUUAAGAACAAAUUAGUAUUUACAAUGACGGUCUAUCCCGGCCAAACCCUCCCCUAACCCGGACGACGCUGGGCCUAUGGACUUACGAUCACAGCUGGUUGUGAUACAGCCUGGGAUCGAACCCGGGUCUGUAGUGAUGCCUCUAGCACUGCAAUGCAGUGCCUUAGACCGCUGCGCCACCCAGGAUCCAGCUGUAUGUGUGUAGAUGUAUGAUAAUGUAUUCUAUACCUUCAGAUAGAUAAUAAUGUAUUCCACCAUAUGCUUUACCUGUAGAUGUAUGAAUCGACGCUGCAUGCCUUCACCUUUUCCCACCUGCUGCUGGGGGAGGAGAUCCAGCUCUACUUCAUCAUCCCCAAGUCUAAACAACACCACUUCAGCUUCAGCCAACCAGGAGGCCAGCUGGAGAGCAUGAGACUGCCCCUCACCUCCGAUUGGGUAACCUAACUAAGCGCCUUACCCCUAAUACUAACCAUAAUACCCAUUCUUCUGAAGGGUGCACUCGUUCACUCCUAUUUAUGGAUGUAAGAAAUGGACUGGUUUAAGAAAUAUGGUACAAACUCCUUACAACAAUCCAGUGCCUUUCAAUCUGCCAGGGGGAUGAGCAAGUACACAAGUCGAGGAGAAGAGUAGAGAAUCGGACCACAGCCAUACUCUAAAAUUUACAUUAACCCCUACAGAAUGCACUGCUUAAUUUCACCACCCAAGAGCCUAUUUUCCUCAUCUGCCAACCUUUCUUUGUUUCUCUCUCUCUCUCUCUCUCUCUCUCUCUCUCUCUCUCUCUCUCUCUCUCUCUCUCUCUCUCUCUCUCUCUCUCUCUCUCUCUCUUUCUUUUCUAUAUACCUUCCCCAUCUGAAACCUCCUCUAACAUAUACAGUCCUACAAAGUAUAGAAGCCCGAAGAUCAUCAAAUCUUUGCAGAACCCACUCAAACGUUUAUAUACAGCUGUAUGUUUCUCCUUUCCCCCAUCAGAACCCAGACUGCAUCAAGAGCCCCAUCUUCACCCCGACAACGGGUCGUCAUGAGCACGGCCUGUUUAACCUGUACCAUGCCAUGGACGGGGCGGCCCACCUCCACAUCCUGGUCAUCAAGGAGUACGAGAUGUCCAUCUAUAAGAAGUACUGGCCCAACCACAUCAUGCUGGUGCUGCCCACCGUCUUCAAUGGAGCCGGCAUCGGUACGCUAACCACCUCCACCUCCACUCUCUUUCCCAUUCACUCACUACAUCUCUCACUUUGUCUAUCUCUCACCCACUCCCCCUGUUGUGGAGUGAGAGAGAGCGAGAGAGAGAGAGAGAGAGAGAGAGAGAGAGAGAGAGAGAGAGGGAGAGAGAGGGAGAGAGAGAGAGAGAGAGAGAGAGAGAGAGAGAGAGAGAGAGAGAGAGAGAGAGAGAGAAUACACACAACAGACAGACUAACUAACAACAUGAGACGCACUAACACAUAAAUAUAACAAUUUGUUAUAUGUGUUUCCCGAUGUCUCCCUCUCUGACCUCUGGCCCCUCCCCCAAGGUGCGGCCCACUUCCUGAUCAAGGAGCUGUCCUAUCACAACCUGGAGCUGGAGCGCAGCCGCAGGCUGGAGGGAGGGGGGCCGCCGGGCAAUGUCUGGCCCUUCAUCAUAGUCUCUGAUGACUCCUGCGUCAUGUGGAACGCCGUGGACCUGGACUCACACAGGCAUAUACACACUCACUCAUACACACCUACUCACACACAUACAAGGAACAAGUCUCAGCUACACACACAUCAACACAAUGUUGUUGUUUUUUAAAUGGAUGUUUUGAAAGUAUUGUCCUCGCAGAGCUCUGUAGUCAUCUCUCUGUCUUUCACUCUCUCUGUCUGUCUGUCUGUGUCCUCUCUCUCCCCUCCAGUGCCUCAGGGCCUGUAGAGAGGAACGUGUCUCUGAAGCAGGUGCUGCAGCACAUGGAGGCGUGUCCUGACCUCACCCAGUACGGCCUCUGUGGGAUCAGGAAGUGGAGCAGUCGCUCCCCGGGUCAGGGGGAGAGGGGAGGGGCUCGUCACGAGGAACCGUUCUCCAGAGGACACCUCCACGACUUCCUGCUUCUCAACGUGGACCUGACCCAGGACGUCCAAUACAACGAGAACAGGUGAGACAGUAGAAAAGAAUAGUAGUAGAUACUCUUAUCUAGAUUAACUAGGGUUAAGUGCCUUGCUAAAGGGUACAACAAAAUAUUUCAAAAAACUAGUCAGCUCGGAGAUUUGAACCAGCAACCUUUUGGGUACUGGCCCAACGCUAUUAACCACUAGGCUACCUGCUGCCGAAUAUGAAAGAAUAGAAUAGAAUAGAAUGGAAUGGAAUACACUACAAUACAAUACAAUACAAUACAAUACAAUAUAACCAGAAUGGAUGAGAAAGGACAGACACUUGACUUUACAUAAGUAAUUGUUAUUGUAAGAAGAGUGUGGUUGCUAGGUUGAAGUGGUUUCUAUGUGAAACACUGGUCUCUGGUGAAAAAACUUCACUGAACCAUCACUCUUCCUCUUUCUCAUUUUUCCUCUUUCUCACUCUUCUUUCUAUCUUCCUUUUCUCACACUCCACUCUCUUCCUCCUCUCUCCUCUCUUCCUCUCUUCCUCUGCCCCCCUCUCCUCUUCUUCCUCCUCAGGUUCAUGUGUGAUGAUGUGGACUUCACACUGCGAGCCCACAGCGCUGGUCUGCUCAUCUGUCGUUUUAACAACUUCAGUGUGAUGAAGAAACAGAUCGCUAUCGGAGGAUACCGCACCUUCAUCAUCAAGACCAAGGUACAGUCUUACACACACACACAUACACACACACACAUACACACACACACACACACACACAUACACACGCACACAUACACAACAUCACCUUCAUCAUCAUGGGGUACAGUGUCACACGACUUAAGAUCAUAUGUGGUGUUCCGCGUUGGAUCGAUUCAUAUCCCUUUCUAAUGUAAUAUCUCAGUUUUGGGGCUCAAUUUAAUCAGUAUCGCUGAAGUUCCGCAUUAUAGCACGAUUUACAUUAUUAAGACAUUUCCGAGUGAGCCGGCGGCGUGUACUGUGAAUGCAGUUUCUGUCAAUUCAGGAACAUUACCUUUAAAUUUCUAUCCCGCUAUAAGGCGGAACUUCAGCAAUAUGGAUUGAUUCGAGCCCCUAAUGUUGUUGUAAUGUUCAUGCUUUGACCAAUGUUGAUGUAAUGUGGGGUUUCAGAUAACUGACGUCCCCACCUCCAUCCAGCCGUCUCAGUAUAUCUGUGCCCCGGACAGCAAGCAUCCAUUCCUGGCCACGCCUGCACAGCUACUGCUGGAGAAAUACCUGCAACACACCAGCCAACGCCUGUUCCCCCUCAGCGCACGCAACUACACACACCCCAUUCUGUCUGUAGACUGCUACCUCAACCUGGGGCCUGAGGUACACACUCACACACACACACACACACACACACACACACACACACACACACACACACACACACACACACACACACACAAAUACAUAUGUGGUUGUUUCGAUGUCAGAUCACUCAUUGGUGCGUCUUUUAUUUCCUCCCUCCCUCCACCCUCCUUCCCUCCCUCCACCCUCCUUCCCUCCCUCCACCCUCCUUCCCUCUCUCUCCAGGUGACGGUGUGUUUUGUGAGUUCCAGACCUCACGCCAUCAACAUCAGUACUGCAGAGCUGCUGUUCAGCGGCCUGCUGCUCUGCUUCUGUGAUUCCUUCGUCACACCAGGCUUUCUCAAGAAGUUUCACUUCCUCAAAGGUACACGCACAAAGACCCAUGCAGGCACACACACACACACACACACACAAAAGUCAUCACAUCCUCAAAGGUAUUCUCUCUUCCGUCCUCCAGGGGCGAUUCUGUGUGUGAUAUGUGCUGACCGCAGCUCUCUGAGACAGACGGUGGUGAGGCUGGAGCUCGAGGACGAGUGGAGGUUCCGGCUGAGUGACGAGUUCCAGACGGCCAACGCUAAAGAGGACCGCCCCCUCUUCUUCCUCACAGGGAAACACAUA